ACUAGGUAUAUAAAGAACCCUAACCCUUCCAUGACUAUCACGACUCAUCUGCUCCAGCUGCAAGUACUACUUCAUCUGAUCAUCACAGCAAGAUGGCAUCUGUUGUCUACUGCAUCGUGCUCCUCUGUUUGACCAGUGGACUGUGGAUGGAGGCAGAGGCAAAAAGAGAUUGCUCUGGGAGCUGCCGCCAUGGUUGGACUCGGUAUGAUUGUCGCUGUUUCAUCUUCAGGCAUUAUGAAAUGAACUGGGCUACUGCUGAGAGACAUUGCAUUGGCCUCGGAGGGAAUCUGGCUUCUAUCCGAUCGACCAGCGAGUACUACCAUAUCAGACAGUUGGUGAGAAGCGCUACAGGCACAAAUCGAAAUGUUUGGGUUGGAGGCAAUGAUGGUAUUUGGGAGGGAUGGUGGAUGUGGAGCGAUGGCUCUAGGUUUAGCUUCAAUCACUGGCGCAGCGGGGAGCCAAACAACUAUCAUGGAAAGGAAGACUGUAUGGAGAUGAACUUUAGAGGUGGAGACUCUGUCAACGACGCAGAUUGUCGCGACAAGAUCAAUUUUGUCUGUUCCUCCUCCUACUAAUGAUGAUGUCACAUCUUCAGUCAGGAUGUCACUUCUAGCAGGAUGUCAGGCCUCGAUGACAUCACUGUUUUGAAGAUUUAUCGACACUUCUGAUUCACUUUAAUAUUUAAUCAAUAAACUGAUUCACCCUGCUAAGCAAUAUUUCGGUUCAACACCAGUCUGUCCUGAACAUGUAUUUCUCUCUCUGCACUAUGAUGCUAAAGCUGACCAGCAAUCCAAUCAAUUAAAGCAUAACUGAAAGCUCAA